AACGAUAGGUAGAGAGACAAAAGAGAAAAUAUGCAUUUUUUUUGUUUAAAAAAAAGGAUUUAAUAAAUAAAAUAAUUUAAAUCGAUUAUGUUUCUCAAUUUAAAUCGAUCUCAGUCACACAGAUAGUUUUGUUGCCGCCGCCACCACCUACCACAAUCUCUCUCUCUCUCUAAACAGAGCAGCCAUGGAUUCCGUCAGGCUUCCAACGGCUCCUUCCUCUCUCCGUACCCAAAUGCUACCCCAUCACCUUCACCACAUUCCCCUACCUCCUCGCAAUCGCCGCGGCAACCUCCGGUUUAAACCGGUCAACAUCGGAAAAACCAAUCCACCUCGAAACCACGUCUCUCCCUUAGCCGUUCUCACCCGAGACGACGAAACAACGUCCGUGGCGGCUCCUCCUCCUCUGGACUCUCCUCCGCCGCAGCCGCGUCUCAAGGUCUCUCCUAACUCGCUGCAGUACCCCGCCGGUUACCUCGGCGCGGUCCCUGAGCGCGCCGCGAGCGAUCCCGAGAACGGAAGCAUCGCCGAGGCGAUGGAGUAUCUGACGAAUAUACUCUCCACGAAAGUCUACGACGUGGCGAUCGAGUCGCCACUUCACUUGGCGAAGAAGCUUUCGGAGAGGUUAGGUGUUCGCUUGUUCCUCAAGAGAGAAGACUUGCAACCUGUGUUCUCGUUUAAGCUUCGUGGAGCUUACAACAUGAUGGUGAAGCUUCCAGCUGAGCAAUUAGCAAAGGGGGUGAUCUGCUCAUCAGCUGGAAACCAUGCUCAAGGAGUUGCUUUGUCUGCUGCUAAACUCGGCUGCACAGCCGUGAUUGUUAUGCCUCGCACAACUCCAGAGAUCAAGUGGCAAUCUGUGGAGAAUUUGGGUGCGACGGUUGUUCUUGUUGGUGAUUCGUACGACGAAGCACAGACGUUUGCUAAGCAACGAGCUGAGGAAGAAGGUUUGACGUUUAUACCUCCUUUUGAUCACCCUGAUGUUAUCGCCGGACAAGGGACGAUUGGGAUGGAGAUCACAAGGCAAGCUAAAGGUCCAUUGCAUGCUAUAUUUGUCCCCAUUGGUGGUGGUGGUUUGAUAGCUGGUAUUGCUUCUUAUGUGAAGAGAGUUUGUCCCGAGGUGAAGAUCAUUGGUGUAGAGCCAGCUGAUGCAAACACUAUGGCGUUGUCGCUGCAUCACGGCGAGAGAGUGAUACUAGACCAGGUUGGGGGUUUUGCAGAUGGUGUAGCAGUCAAAGUAGUUGGCGAAGAGACUUUUCGUAUAUCCAGAAAGCUGGUGGAUGGUGUUGUGCUCGUCACUCGUGAUGCUAUCUGUGCAUCAAUAAAGGAUAUGUUUGAGGAGCAACGGAACAUAUUAGAACCAGCAGGUGCACUUGCGAUCGCGGGAGCUGAAGCGUACUGUAAAUAUUACAGUCUAAAGGACGUGAAUGUUGUAGCCAUAACCAGUGGUGCGAACAUGAACUUUGACAAGCUGAGGAUUGUCACGGAGCUCGCCAAUGUCGGUAGGCAACAGGAGGCUGUUCUUGCUACUAUCUUGCCGGAAAAACCUGGAAGCUUUAAGCAGUUCUGCGAAUUGGUUGGACCAGUGAACAUAACUGAGUUCAAGUAUAGAUGUGGGUCUGAAAAGGAAUCUGUUGUACUAUACAGUGUUGGAGUGCACACAGCCGGAGAGCUGAAAGCACUAGAGAAGAGAAUGGAAUCUUCUCAGCUCAGAACUAGGAACCUCACAACCAGUGACUUAGUAAAAGAUCACCUGCGUUACUUGAUGGGUGGAAGGUCAAGUGUUGAAGAAGAGGUUCUAUGUCAAUUCACCUUCCCUGAGAGACCUGGUGCUCUGAUGAACUUCUUGGACUCUUUCAGUCCACGGUGGAACAUUAGCCUUUUCCAUUACCGCGCAGAGGGUGGGGCAGGUGCAAAUGUGCUGGUCGGGAUCCAAGUGCCGGAGCAAGAAAUGGUUGAGUUCAGAAACCGAGCUCAAGUUCUUGGAUACGAGUACGUCUUGGUAAGUGAAGACACUGUUUUCAAGCUUCUUAUGCACUGAGUUUAAAGCUGUGAUGGGGAGACCAAAACCGAGGAAGUAGUAGAAGAACACAUGAGCUUGUGUCCAUUGGUUGUUCUUGAGCUCUGUUAGAAACAAAAUAUGCGAGUCUCAGGCUUUUAUGUCACGGGCCUGUUACGCUAGCCCUGUAACCUUUAUUGCCUACGGGCUAUGCUGUAGACUUAUGUAUCUUUCAGCAAAUAAUGUGAGGUUUAACCUUGAGAUCUUUAACCUUCCAAUAAAUUUGAUUUAACUUGCAA